AUGGGCGCUCUUGGAGGCGGUUCGCUUGUAGGGCCAACGCUGUCUGAGCCAGACGCAGUUUUCGAGGCACUCGCCAAGGACGGCCUGUCUCUGCGGCAUGUCAGCCCGGAGCUGCAGGCCAACCCCGAGGUUGUGCUCGCGGCGGUCACCCAGAACGGCCACGCCCUGGCCCUCGCGCCGGAGGCGCUGAGGGCGCGGCGGGACAUAGUGCUGAAGGCAGUGCAGUGCCACUGGGCCGCCCUCGAGCACGCCCCCCCCGAGUUCCGCGGAGACCGUGAGGUGGUCUUGGCUGCCAUAGCUUCCUCGGGCUUGGCGCUCUCGGUGGCUUCGGCGGAGCUGCAGGCGGACCGCGAGGUGGCACUCGCGGCCGUGUCGCGGAGCGGCGAGGCUCUGGCGUACGCCAGCGAGGAGCUGAGGGGGGACAAGGGCGUCGCCCUGGCGGCCGUCGAGCAGAAUCCUCACGCCCUCGCCUGCGCCACGGAGGCGAUGCGGGGAGACUACGAGGUCGUCAUGCCGGCAGUCCGCGCGGACGGCUCCGCGUUGAGGCACGUGGUUGGAGCGCCGCUCCGCGACCCCGACGUGACGAUGGAGGCUCUCAGCACCUUCCCGGAUGCUUUUGCCAUGGCCCCACCGGAGGUUCGCAACGACAAGUCUGUGGUCCAGGCCGCCGUGCAGGCGAAGGGCGCGAACCUCGCCCUGGUGCAGCUGGGCUUCCGCAGGGACGAGGCCAUCGUCAGGGCCGCCGUGAGGAGCGACGGCAUGUCGCUGCAGCACGCCUCGUGGGAGCUCCAGAACGACCGCGACAUCCUCCUCGAGGCGGUCGCCCACGCCGGUCUGGCGCUGAAGUUCACCAGCUGCGAGCUCCGCGACGACCGCGAGGUGGCGCUGGCCGCGGUCGCCAGCGCCGGCGCCGCGCUCGCAGAGGUCUCCGGGCAGCUCCGGGCCGACCGCGAGCUGGUGCUGGCCGCGGUCUCGCAGGACGGCGCGGCGCUGCUGUCGGCCCCGCCCCACCUGCGCGACGACAGGGAGGUGGUGCUCCGGGCCGUGCGGCAGGACGGCCUGGCCCUGGCGUACGCUUCGGCCAGGCUGCAGGCAGACCCGGGCGUCGCGGCGGCGGCGGUGUCUCAAACGGCGACGCGCUGGCGCACGCGUCCGCCGAGCUGCGCGCGGACCCGGACGUGGUGA